AUGGCCGUACCCCGAGCCCACCAUGCAGCCGGAAGCACCGCCGAAUAUGACCUUCCCAGAGUCUCUCGUAAACUGAUGACUAGGGGAUAUCAACCGCUGGAGACCAUUGGAUCGGCGCAAAGAUUCCAUAGCGUGUUUGUUGACGCUCUUCGUGCGCAUCACUGGGUGUACGAGAAAUACCACAUGCUACACUGCAACAUUGAGCUCAACAGCAUCAUGUGGUACGAGCGGGACGGACGGGUCGUCGGCGCGUUGUGUGACUGGGACCUCGCAGAAGAUCAGGGCACGGGCGGUUCUAGGACCAAUCGUCGUGCGGGCGACAACGCCGCGAUGGUUUGGCCAUUAGACUGGAAAGAAAAUUCAGUGGCGAAGGCGACGACGACGGAGUUGCGAGCCACUGCCGAGGAUCAAGCAACGGAACAGCCCCCAAAGCUGGAGGGCGCGGCUCCGUCGAACGUGGCGACAGACUCCCAGUGCGUAGUCAAGCCAAGGUACCGCACGGGCACGGGCCCGUUUAUGGCGAUGGACCUCUUGCGCGUGGGCGAUCCACCCAUCCAUAAGUAUCGACACGACCUAGAGUCGUUCUUCUACGCCUAUAUCUACUUUGCUGCGACAUACAACCCAGAACAACAGGCCUUCGGCUACAUCAAGGAAUGGCAACGUGCUUCCCUCGUCGACAUCGGACACAGCAAAGGGGACUUCCUCCUUGAGGAAAAAGUUCGCACCCGCGUCAUGAAACCUGCCCACCAUACUCUGAAGCCGCUGCUGGCCAAAGACACUCCGCUGAUGAAGCUUUUGGAGGAAUUCAACGAGAUCGAGCUUGACUGGCGCAUCAUCAAGGUUCUCGGAAGUAAAUCCGCGCCAUCGGAGCGUACACGGGCCCAGAUUCAGUUCCUGGAGCAGGGGAGGGAGGCAAAGAUGUCCUUCAGCAUAUUCAUGAAGAUACUGGGGGCUCCCGAGGAGGAGAGUGUCUGAAAUGUUACACGUAGCCUUGGCUUUCGCCGCUUGGCAUGGACUUGUACGGUUUCUGUUCCUCACAUUUACUCCUCUGGACUGGACUUCCAUAUUUAAAUGAUCAUACGUGUGUACUUGC